AUCGAUUGCGAACUCGGAGAGUUUGAUCUAUCAACACCAACCACCUUCAGGUCAUUGAUCCGUUCCGUCACUACCGCCGUGAAGGCCCAACGGUGUCUGAUCCUCCCUUACAAUGAGUCCAAUCACCUUUAAUCCUACGACAACGGCAGCCUUCUUCAUUCUCUUCACUUCACUGACACCCUACCUCCUCUACCACCUCGCAUCCCACCACUUCAACUGGACUGAUAAUCGUGCAAAGUCGCCUGUUGUCCAUGCACAGGACUUGUGUAAGUUGGCAGGGUUUGGGGCUGCAAUCUGUUUGGUUGGUGGGUAUGUGGAGACUUUUAGUCCGUUGGUGACAGCGAUCAUGGCACACAUCACGAUCGUGCUUUAUGCAUUUCUGUGCGAGUGGGAGCCCAUGCGAACAGACCUCUCCCGCUGGCGCUCUUGGCCCUGGCAAAUGUGGGCAGUCUUCCUCGCGGCUGUGACCCUGAUCGUCCUCUUCACUCUUUACCAUAUCGCGGUUGCUAUCGAGCGGUGGGGAUUUGUUGGGGCAUGUCUUUAUUUGGGAACGUUUGUGUGCUCAAUCGUGGGUGUGGGAAUGGGGACGGUAGGGAUCGCGAGGUGGCAGAAUCAUGGGGGCUUGAGGGGAGUGGGAAGGGUUAAGGUUGAGAUAAUGGACGAUGGUGAUACUGAAGAAGGGGAGGAGGAGGAAAGCAGACCGAUCAGAGGUGCGACGAUGAGGAGGUAUUCUGGCCUUGACAAUGAGGCCAGCGAGGAAGAGGAGACUGAGCGGAAGUCGAGGUGGCCGCAUGUGAAGAUCCAUGUGCACCAUUGGCAGAUCUUCGGGUUCCUUGCCCUCUUUACGAGGUUUGAUACGUGGCCGUCGCAGCUUGCGGCGGGGAUUGUGUUGGGGUGUUAUGUGCAUGGGAUAGCUGCGUAUGGGUAUGAUUCGAUUUGGAUUCUUGAGGAGGUUCAGGAGCGGUGAAUUGUGGGAAAAGGACGAGGCGAUGGAUGAACGGUGUAUGGUUCAUGG